AUGGUCCAGGCCAUGACGCUCUCAGAGCCGAUCACGCAGCCUUCAACAGACUGUUUGGCGGCCCUCGCCUUACCGCUCGUGGCGGAUAGUGCUAUGUUGGGAGGUGCAACGGACGCGACUUUGCGUGGUGCAACAUUGCUUCAAACACACUUUCUGAGUACUCCAAUCAGAGGAACCUCGUUGCGGAUACAAACCCUUAUAGCGGGAUCAACUGCGUGUAUGACUAUAUGCCUGCUUAUGAGUACUACUGGUGGGGAUGGGAGGGCGCUUUGCGGUUUGAUAACAGUGACAUUCGCAGAUGCUGAAGGAUGGUCUGUGGUUGACUUGUAG